AUGAGCGGGUGUAUCUGUUGGAUUUGUAAGGUGUGCAGAGAGGAAUCUAAGCAGCUCCCUUCAAACCUUACUUUGGAGGAAGUGUUAGGAUGGGCACAAUCUUUGGAAAAUUUGAUGGCUACAAAAUAUGGUCCAGUAGUCUAUGCAGCAUAUUUGAAAAUGGAGCACAGUGAUGAGAAUAUUAAAUUCUGGAUGGCCUGUGAAACCUACAAAAAAAUUGCUUCACGGAGGGGCAGAAUUUCCAGGGCAAAGAAGCUUUAUAAGAUCUACAUCCAGCCACAGUCCCCAAGAGAGAUAAACAUCGACAGUACAACAAGAGAAGCUAUCAUCGGAAACAUUCAAGAACCCACUCAGACCUGCUUUGAAGAGGCUCAAAAAAUAGUAUAUAUGCAUAUGGAAAUGGAUUCUUAUCCCAGAUUUUUAAAGUCAGAAAUGUACCAGAAACUCUUGAAAACUACUCAGUCCAAAAACUCUUGA